AUGAAUUCCCCGAAUCUGCAAACAUUCCAUAUGGCAUUGACAUCGGGGAUAGGCGCUUUGGCAGCCGUCCUCAGUGAUAUCACUGACACCGUGGAGAUAGUCAUGCGUUCCGGUAUGAAGCUGCAUGGGUCGGGACUCGGCUUCGUGAAAGCGGUUGCCUCGUCUUGGUCCCGUCCUCCACUUCAGGAUUCAUUUCAGCUCCUCCAGCAGACGGGAGAUGCCUGA